CGGUAAAAGCAGUUCGUUCAACGUAGAUAAGAGUUGUUUGUUAACGCAGAAAUAAUCUUUAAGCGUAUAGCUCACUCGAGUUAAAUAUUAACAAGUGUCGUAUCGUUCGUCUAUAUUUGCUUUAAUCGAUUGGAAUUUUGAAACGUUUUUGUCAACUGUGGAAAAAAGAAAAUGAAAGUAGCCAUUGUCGGAGGCGGAAUAGUUGGUUUGACAACAGCGUUGCAGUUGCAAAAUGAAUUACGUAACGCUCAAAUUACAGUUUUCGCUACUGAUUUUGAUAAUACUGUCAGUCAUGUUGCUGCCGGACUAUUCAGAAUUGGCUCCUCGUACUCUGGACCGACUGAGAAGAUAACAAAAGAAUGGAUACAAAACUCUUACGAGUAUUAUGAUAACAUUCGAAAAACUAAAGAAGCUCCACUUGCUGGUAUAACAACAAUUUCCGGUUACAUGUUCGCCAAUUCUUCUCCGGAAACGGUUAAGAGUCACUGGAUUGAAGAUUUAGUACCAAUAUACAGGAGAGCUACAGAGGAAGAAUUUAAUUUAGUUGGAGGUGGUUGGAAAUACGGAUCGUUUUUCACAACUCUCCUUACUGAAUGUAAACUCCAUCUUCCAUGGGCUCGGAAACAGCUACAAGAUAAUGGAACCAAACUCAUAGUUAGGAAGCUAAACUCCUUAAAAGAACUUACCUUCAAUUGGAAUUUGAUUUUUAAUUGUACAGGUUUAGGAGCAAGGUCUCUGUGUAACGAUAGACACUUGGUUUCUAUGAGAGGUCAAGUACUCAAAGUAAAAGCACCAUGGAUGAAAACAUUCUUCUACGGGGAAGUAGAUACAUAUAUUAUACCUGGCUUUAACGGUGUCGUUACUCUUGGCGGUUCAAGAAAUUUUGAUUCUGAAAAUAUGAAAGUCUGUCCUUACGAGUCUGCAGCAAUUCGGGAGAGAUGCGAGAACGUUGUUCCAGCUCUUAAGAAAGCAGAACUUUUAAGAGAAGAAGUUGGAUUGAGGCCUCACAGAACGCAGAACGUGAGAGUAGAAGCUGAAUGGAUUACAAAUGAAGAUUCUAAAGCUAUUCUGGUGCACAAUUAUGGACACGGAGGAUAUGGAGUAUGCACUGCUCCUGGUACUACUAAAUAUGCCAUUCAUUUGGCGAAGGAAAUGCAUAAGUCUUCUGUUGCAAAACUUUGAAUUUUUAAUAGUUUCAAUGUAAUAUUAACUGAAAUUAUUAACUUAAUUACAUUUGUUUAUUAUUAACGAAUUUACACAAGCAAAUCGUUAAUACAGACUAAUACUGCGUGGUAUUAUUGACGCUCAUUUUUACGUACAACGUAUGUUUAUAUUUUCAGACUGUAGUUGCGCGUUCAAGCCAAAAAUCUCAAAUAAAGGUAAAAUAAUCCUUUCGUUAUCAAUAAA